GUAGGUGCUGUGAGGAACAGAUGCAAUAAAUAGAAACAAAUUAAAAAUGCAUAAUUUUAAUCCAUCGAGACAAGAUUAUAUGAAACAUAUGCACGUGGUGCCGAUGGACACACAGGAAGAUAACAGUGAAACUAAUCAAAUUAAUAAAUUCAACCAAACAAAUGGAAUCAAUCAAAAAUAUGAAACCAAUCUAAAAAAAGCUAAAAGGUUGCGCAGCCAAUUCACGACCGACCAAGUAAAUAUAUUAGAAUCAGAAUACAACAGAUUUCCUUAUCUUUCAAGUACCAAACGCACUGAAUUAUCCAUAUUGUUAAAUGUCCCUGAAAAGUCCAUCAAAAUAUGGUAUCAAAAUCGUCGAGUGAAGGAAAAAAGGGAACGCCAAGAAUUAGCUGAGAGCUUACUAAUGAAUGAAUGUGAUCAGUCAUCAGUUAAUGAAGAACAACGUUCAUUACCAGUACUAUUAAGUGAAAGUGAUUCGGAUAGACAAAUGGGUCAAUCUGUUGCAUCAGCACCUGCAACAUUACAUCAGCCAUCGGCAUCUGCAACAUCACUUCAGCCAUCGGCAUCUAUAAUCUCACAUCAGUCAUCGGCGGCAUCUGCAACAUCACAUCAGUCAUCGGCCUUUGCAAUAUCACAUCAGUCAUCGGCAUCUGCAACGACGACUUCGUUUACUCAAAAUACUGUGACUGAAACUAAAAUAAAUCAUCCUACUUCCAUAUUUAUCAAUACUGACAAAUUAUCAUCACAUCCAAAAUCAUCUGCCGAACUAUCAAUUGAGCUAUUCAAGAAAUACAAUGAACUCUUAUCAAAGUCAAUUUACAAUGAAAAGCCGAGUCAAAAGGACGAAGAUGAAAUAAGGGAAUGCCGGGAAUCAUUGAAUUUGUCCUCGCAACAGUCGCAACUGGAACAUCUAGCACAAAACAGGAACACAAAUGUACCUGUGGAAAUAGAUUGGGACAUGAAUGAACCUGUGACACAUACUAGUGCAAUGAACGAACCUGUAGCACAUACUACAAGAAUGAAUGAACCUGUGGCACAUACUAGUAGGAUAAACGAACCUGUGGCAGAUAGUAGUAGGAUGAACGUACCUGUGGCACGUACUAGUAGCGUGAGUGAACCUGUGGCAUAUACUAGUCGGAUGAACGAACCUGUGGCACAUACUAGUGGGAUGAACAAACCUGUGGCAUAUACUAGUAGGAUGAACGAACCUGUGGUACAUACUAUUAAUAUUAACGAACCUGUGGCACAUACUGGUAGUAUUAACGAACCUGUGGCACAAACCACUAGGAUGAAUGCACCUGUAUCACAUACUAGUACGAAUAACGAACCUGUGGCACAUACUAGUAGGAUGAACGAACCUGUGGCACAUACUAGUAAGAUGAACGAACCUGUGGCCUAUACUAGUAGCAUAAACAAACCUGUGGCAUAUACAAGUACGAUGAACCAACCUGUGGCACAUACUACUAAGAUUAAUGCACCUGUAGCACAUACUAGUACGAAUAGCGGACCUGUGGCACAUACUAGUAGGAUGAACGAACCUGUGGCAUAUACUAGUAGGAUGAACGAACCUGUGGCACAUACUAGUAAGAUUAACGAACCUGUGGCCUAUACUAGUAGCAUAAACAAACCUGUGGCAUAUACAAGUACGAUGAACCAAUCUGUGGCACAUACUACUAAGAUGAACGCACCUGUGGCACAUUCUAGUACGAAUAGCGGACCUGUGGCACAUACUAGUAGGAUGAACGGUCCUGUGGCACAUAAUAGUGGGGUAAAUGCACCUGUGCGAUAUACUAGUAAGGAGAAUGCACCUGUGGCACAUGCUAGCAUGAUGAAUGCACCUGUGACACAUACUAGUACGAUAAAUGCACCUGUGACACAUACUAGUAGGAUGAAUACACCUGUGGCACAUACUAGUAGGAUGAAUACACCUAUGGCACAUACUAGUAGGAUGAAUGCACCUGUGGCACAUACUGGUAGGAUGAAUACACCUGUGGCACAUACUAGUAGGAUGAAUGCACCUGUGGCACAUACUAGUGGAGUAAAUGCACCUGUGGCACAUACUAGUAGGAUGAACGGUCCUGAGGCACAUACUAGUGGGGUAAAUACACCUAUGGCAUAUACUAGUAAGGAGAAUGCACCUGUGGCACAUGCUAGUACGAUGUAUGCACCUGUGACACAUACUAAUAGUAUGAAUGCAUUUGUGGCACAUGCAAUUGCGAUGAAUGCUCCUGUGGCACAUGCUAUUGCGAUGAAUGCUCCUGUGGCACAUGCUAUUGCGAUGAAUGCACCUAUGGCAUAUACAAAUAGAAUGAAUGCACCUGUAACACCAAAUAGACAAAUGAAUACGCCUGGGGCACAAACAAGUAAAAAGAAUGAGCCUGUGGCGGUUCCUCAGGCUGUGUUGAAUAAUCCUGGAUUUAUGUCAAUGGUUCGUCCAUUUUAUCCGCAGGCCUUUGUUCCUGGUGUUUGGAAUCCUAUGGGAGGAAUAAUGCCUUUAGGCGUACCGAUAUCAAUACCACCGUCUUUAAUGCAGCACAUGUGUAUGCCUUCAGAACUAUGUAAGUGUGAAUGUCAUGAAGAACAAAAAUCGACGCCGCAACAGCAAGUUCACCAAGGUUUGCCACAACAAAAUGCACCUUAAGCCUUUGUUUUUCCUGUACCUCUUCAAAAGCCUUAGUACAUUCACGAUUUUUUUAUAACACUGUUAAAUAAUUCUCAAAUAUUUUUUCGUUCAUUUUCGUUCGUAUCAAUUUCAGAAUGAAUUCUUUGUCGUCCCAGUAUAGUAAAUCAAUAAAUUGAUAGUUUGUGUUUAAAACCUUUUAUGUUUUAUGUUUUUA